GGUAGUUCAACUUUGCUCUACGAUGAUGUCGGACUUUACAAAGACUCACAAUUUUAAAAAAUUUCAAAUAAUUUUAUAUGUCAUUCAUAACUUCAAUAUACUAAAAGUAUAUUGCAUAUUGACAAAAUAUGUGGAUUAAUAAUAAAGACAUCGCAAUAAAUUUGGUUUCAAACUUCCAAUAAUCGAUAUUAAAAGAACUAUUAGGGCUGCAUCAACUGUCGUCACGAAUCCUUCGUGGCAGCUGAAGUUUAUAAUUACGUUGAGCGAAGUUUUAGAAGAGAAGUUUUCCAAAUUAUGAAUGCGUUCGCCCACUUGGAUCUCUUUGAUGGCAUACCAGCCAAAUGCCCCGUGAAGGGCUGCUACCUGAAGAUGACGCCCCAGGAGCUGAUGGCGCAUGUGCUGAUGCGUCAUCGGCCCGAGGACUCGAUGCUGGAGAUUGGCGCCGACUGGCACACGGUGUACGACCUGGACCUGGCCAAGCUGGCGCCCGGCUGCAAUCACGUGGUGGGCGUCAUUGCGUAUGCCGGCUCCAACAGAGUGAGUUGCAGCCGUCCCAUCGGACCGGAGCUGCAGCUCGUGAAUCAUCUGCCCAUAUUGCUAAUGAUGUACAUCAGCCCGCCGGCGCCCAAUCUGGAGCAGAUGUACGUGCUCUAUAUGAUAAGUCCGGUGGCCUCGCGCCGGGUAAGCGCCCAUGUCAGCCUGCUGAACGGGCCGGUGGGCCGCGAGGUGCGGGGCGUGCGCUGCCUGCGCAAUUUCUUGGAUCCCCCGCUGCUGGACAGCGAGGAGCUGCUCCACAGCAACAUGGACUACCUGAUCUACACGGCAACGGACGUCUGGGAGCACUGCACCGCCGGCGACCGCUGCAAGCUCCAGUUCAAGGUGGUGCUGCAGGGUGAGCCGAAUCUGUUCGAAGCGCAGGAGAAUCGUCAAAGCGACGCCCAAUGACUCAACGCCGUCGGAUGCCAAACAGCUGGCCCACAGACUAACCCCCGCCCUCCCUCCUACCUCUAAAAAAAAAAAAAAAAAAAAAAAAAAAAAAAACUAUCGAAUCCAUUGACGCACUCUUGCGGGCCUGAGUGCCUGUCAAUAAUACUUUGCUCUUGUUGUUGUUGUUGUUAUUGAAUGAAACGUUGUUUAGCUGUCAGAAA